UCGCGUUUGAUGUGCGAGGGUCAUUACUCAGCAAUUUCGCUUUUUUUGGAAUGUGUAGCAAGGGAGUAAAGAUCAUUGAACUGCGUUAAAUAAAUUCUGAUAGUUUUGAACAACGGCGCUUAUAGUGUUGGGGAUUAGGAUAAGUUUUUUUUUUUUAAUUAAAGACUAGCGGAUAAAAAAUAGCAUGUAAACAUCAUAUAAAUACCGAAUAAAUCAAACAUAUAGAUAGGUAUAAUUUUUAAAACAUAUGUCUGAAUUACGCGACAUGUUUUGAGUCUAAUCGAUUUGAUCGAUUUGUACGGGCUACGUAAUCUUAAAUAAAAUCUGUUGGUAUUUUUAUUGGUAUUUUAUCCUUCAUUGAUUCUACGAAAUUAUGUGUACCUCCGUGAAAAAUAAGGAUCUUCCACAAGACCAAGAUACAUUGCAGUUUAUCAAAAACCUAUGCUGGAAUUUCCUGCGAUGUAUGAUUGUACAGCUACAUUUUCUCUUUGAUAACAUAAUAGAUUUUGUCUUUGGCAUAUACUAUGAUAAGAAAGUAAAAAAAGUACCACCAAUAAAAAAUAAGCUCUUAUUGGAAAGCGCUGUUUCUUUAGCAGAGAAGAUUAGAACAAAAAAGAUUACAUCAGAGGAGGUUGUACGAGCUUAUAUUGAAAGAUGCAAGGAAGUAAAUGAUUUGAUAAAUGCAAUUGUGGAAGAUAGAUACUCAGAUGCAAUUGAAGAAGCAAAAGCAGUGGAUGCUAUGAUUGAAAAAUGUACAGACUUGGAUAAAAUAAAAAUAACGCAGCCAUUCUUGGGAGUACCAUUUACCACAAAAGAAAGCAAUCGUGUUAAAGGUUUAAUUCAUUCCAUGGGCUUGACCUGUCGUAGCAAUCAUCGUGCAGAGGAAGAUGCCACAACAGUUCGUUUCCUCAAAGAGGCUGGUGCAAUUUUAAUUGCUACGUCUAAUGUUCCCGAACUUAAUUUAUGGACUGAAUCGAGAAAUAAUUUAUAUGGACAAACAAAUAACCCUUAUAAUACUACUAGAACUGUUGGGGGCAGCAGCGGGGGAGAAGCGGCCAUAGUAACAGCAUGUGGCGCUCCAUUCUCCAUCAGUAGUGAUAUAGGAGGCUCCAUAAGAUUGCCAGCAUUCUUUAACGGAUUGUUCGGCCACAAGCCUAGUGAAGGAUUGACUCCAAUGGCUGGAAUCGGAUUGCGCGACAAAGAUUAUCCAGAUACCAUGGCGACAGUUGGACCACUCUGUAAAAAAGCUGAAGAUCUAAUUCCCUUUUUAAAGGUACUGAUCGGUCCUAAUGUAUUUAAAUUAAAGCUAGAUGAACCAGUGAAUUUAAAAAAUCUGAAAGUAUUCUAUCAAGAGAGUUCUGGCGAUUUAAGAGUAAGCAAAGUAAACAAGACCAUGCGAGCUACAUUAUUAAAAGCAGUUCAACAUUUUAGAGAAAUAACAGGCUCUGCAACAAAGAUUAAGAUACCAGGUUCUGAAUAUAGUUUUAAAUUGUGGAGAUAUGGCAUGAGUUGCGAAAAUUUCAAUUUCAAGUUGGCCAUAACAGAUCAAAGGUAUGUCGCUAGUGCAUGUGGAGAAAUUUACAAUUUACUCACUGGAAACUCACAAUUGACGUUGGCUGCUAUUUUAAAACUGAUAGAGGAGGAUUUCUUUCCACGGGAGAAUGCUGAAUGGGCAAAAAGUACCAUUGCAAAAGCAAAAGAAUUUUUAACGGAGAAAUUAAGUGACAACGGAGUGUUAUUUUAUCCCUCAGCACCAUUUCCUGCUAGUUAUCAUUAUACUGCACUUCUGAGACCUUUCAAUUUCAGCUAUUGGGCUCUGUUCAAUGUUUUGCGAUUUCCAACUUGUCAAGUGCCACUGGGCUUGAGUGAACAGGGUUUGCCAAUUGGGAUUCAGGUAUUAGAUUGCUACAUAUGGCAUUUGUUUGUAUUGUAU